UGGGGCUCGUGUUUAGUAACUUUUCGAACGCUUGACGAUCUCCACAUGUGGGGAGAGUGCUGUGCCCGACGAUCGCAGCAGCAGCAAAUCAGCGUUUUCUUUUCGUGUGUGUGUUGACAGAGAGAGAGAGAGAGGGCGAGGUAGAGAGAGACAGAGACGAACGCCACAGUGAGACAUAAAUAGUUCCUGCGCAGGACUAAAGGAACCGAAAGAACGAUGUUACCCAGAGAUCUACGGCAUCUCUCGGGUCUGCUGGGCGCCGUUUAUUUGCUGGCCGGGGUUGUGUCCUUUGCGGAAGGUGCAAAGGUCUGCAACACCACGCUAUGUGACUGCAAGGGUAUCAAGGGUCGCAUCGGUGCCAUCGGUCCACCCGGAGUUCCCGGCUUGGAGGGACCUGCCGGCGAUGUGGGACCAUUUGGGCCAGCUGGCUAUCUGGGCGAGAAGGGAGAUGUCGGCGAGUACGGUGAAGUUGGCGAGAAGGGACAUCGCGGCGAUGUUGGUCUUGUUGGUGAACCCGGAUAUCCUGGCCCCAGGGGAUUCCCCGGCGAGGAUGGCCCAGCGGGACCCCGCGGCAUCGAUGGCUGUGACGGCAAGCCCGGCCUUUCCGGUCCACCCGGUGCUCCUGGCGAGAACGGAGUGCGCGGUCCGCCUGGUAGGCCGGGUCCGCAGGGUCCACCCGGUGACGCCGGCGAGGGCGGCAUCAACUCAAAGGGCACCAAGGGCAGUCGCGGUGACCGCGGUCCCGGCGGCUACGACGGUCCUCCUGGCUUUGAAGGCGAUCGCGGACAGAAGGGUGACACUGGAUACGCUGGCUUGACCGGCGCCAAGGGAGACCCGGGUCCACAAGGACAAACCGGUGACGUUGGCGAACUGAUGGAUACGCCGUACCGCUUGCAGGGAACGCCUGGAGAGAAGGGCGACCCGGGCGAAAGUGAGCCAGGAGCACUCACGCGUGAUAUCUCCCUGAAGGGCUACCAGGGCGAUGUGGGUGAGAUGGGAGAAGCAGGUAUUGACGGCCAACCAGGUGAGCCGGGACCAGUCGGACGUAACGGUCUACCAGGCUCCAGAGGCGAUAUCGGCGGACCUGGCGAGCGAGGCAAACCUGGAAAGGACGGCGAGCCGGGAGCGGCCGGGGACAAGGGAGCCAAGGGAGCGCCGGGUUACAAUGGCCAAGACGGAUUGGACGGCAGCCCAGGACAGCGAGGUGAGGACGGAUUCGAUGGCAUGCCCGGCGUCCAAGGACGCCCCGGACCAAAAGGUAUCUACGAUCCCACGAUGAGCAAGUCCCUGCCGGGUCCCGUUGGACCGCAGGGUGAAAUUGGACCCCAGGGCUAUCCCGGUCAGCCCGGUGUGCCCGGCAAGGCAGGACGUCGCGGUCCACCUGGCCUGCAUGGCCAGCCCGGCGAUCAAGGAUUCAGCGGCAAACGUGGUCCGCCCGGACGCAGUGAGCGCGGCGAAGCCGGCGACUACGGACUGAUGGGUGCACCAGGACCCCAGGGACCGGUCGGCGAUGCCGGUCCGCCCGGACGCUAUGGACUGCGCGGUGAUCCCGGCUACAAUCUAGUCGGACCCAAGGGAGAGCCUGGCCUGAACGGGUUGCCCGGCAAGGAUGGCUAUCGCGGUGAGCGCGGAGAGGUGGGCCUGCCCGGUGACAAGGGUCUGCCCGGUGAGGGUUACAACAUUGUGGGCCCGCCCGGUUCGCAGGGACCGCCUGGACUUCGUGGCUAUCCCGGUGACGACGGUCUGCCCGGCUUCAGAGGUCUGCACGGUGACAAGGGAUUGCGCGGCGAUGACUGCGGCAUCUGCCACGCUGGACCCCGAGGACCACGAGGACAGGAGGGCGACACCGGCUAUCCGGGCGCCCAUGGAAAUCGUGGUCUGAUCGGCCUAACCGGAGCGCGCGGUCCUCAGGGCAUGCAGGGCAAGCCCGGAAAGACUGGCUUCAAGGGUAUCCGCGGAUCACCCGGUAUUCCCGGUGAGACGGGAGUCCCCGGCCGGAAGGGUGUAGCGGGAAAGGUCAUUGUCAUUGGCAGUCAAAAGGAAGCGGAACAGGGCGACGAAGGCGAACGCGGACUUCGCGGAUCCCAAGGUGAUGAAGGUGUGAGGGGUGCCAAUGGCGUAGACGGAUUGCAGGGCCUUCGCGGAGAGCAGGGUCUGCGCGGUGACUACGGUGACAGCGGUCGCCCUGGAAUCGAUGGACGCCCAGGUCGUCAGGGCCGCGAUGGAAAGCCUGGCCAGAACCCAACCACGCCCAAGAUCUACUUGGUGGGCGUACCCGGCUACAAUGGACGCAAGGGAGAGCGCGGAGAUGUCGGAGAUACCGGAUUGAAGGGCGAAAAGGGUAACAUGCAUCCCGGCCAAAUUAUCACCAACAGAGGUGACCUCGGUGACAAAGGCUAUCAGGGCGAGUCUGGCGACAAAGGACAAAAGGGUUUCCAAGGCCAAUUCGGACUUCCUGGCGAUAUCGGUGACGAGGGACCGGCUGGUGAAUCAAUGCAGGGACCAGAAGGUCUCAAGGGUUAUCCGGGAAUUACCGGUGACUACGGACUGCACGGUGCCCCCGGUUUACCCGGUCUGGAUGGCCAGGCUGGUGCUGACGGCUUUGUCGGGCUGAAGGGACAACGCGGUGAGCCUGGACAAUCGGUCAUUCCCGGUGACAUUGGAGUUCCCGGACGUCCCGGUAUUAAGGGAUUCUACGGUGAUGCCGGCGAAACGGGCCCAUAUGGACCGCCUGGCCUCACUGGCGUCAAGGGAGCCAAGGGAGAGAUGGGACCUUAUGGAGCAAGCGGACUGACCGGACUGCCCGGCAACAAGGGUCAGCGCGGUGAUUAUGUGAUGGGUCCACCAGGACCACAGGGUGAACCCGGACGCAACGGACGCCUGGCCCCGCACGGCCUCAAGGGCCAGAAGGGAGAGGUGGGUUGGCAGGGACAGAAUGGCCAGAACGGCGUCAAGGGCAGCAUCGGCUACACCGGCCCUCGUGGUGCUCUCGGCAAUCCCGGACCCCAGGGCAUCCCGGGCAGUCCCGGCAUUGGUGGUCUUCCCGGCAUGAUUGGCGACAUGGGCGAUCGCGGUGAUAUCGGCGCAGAUGGACGACCCGGUGACAUUGGUCCUCGUGGUGCCGUCGGUGAAUUUGGACUUAAGGGAAUCGCUGGUGACGAAGGACCUUAUGGAUAUCCCGGUGCCAAUGGACUUCCAGGACGCAAGGGCGAGCAGGGAGAUCGCGGUUUCCCCGGUCGGACUGGCAUCAAGGGCUCGGCAGCCUACAGUGGCAUCAAGGGCGACGAUGGAGAGCCCGGUUGGACGGGACCGCCCGGCUAUAAGGGUGCCCCCGGUCCCAAGGGACAGCGUGGUCUUACCGGUGAUUCGCCGAUUGCCUUUGAAGGCCCCAUGGGACGGAAGGGAGAGCCCGGCAAUCCGGGAAUAAACGGAAUCCCCGGACGUUACGGCCUGAAGGGACAGCGUGGUGAGCGUGGUCUCACCGGACAAGCGGGUGAGCCAGGUGCCCCUGGUGCCCAAGGCUUGGACGGCUAUCGUGGACGCAACGGCGCUCCUGGUCUCAAGGGCGCCAUCGGAGAGGUCGGCCCAAAUGGACCCGAUGGCCUGCAGGGCCAGAAAGGCGACGAAGGCUUCCCCGGCUUGAUGGGACAGAAUGGUGACCAGGGACCACAGGGUCCUUUCGGUGAGCAGGGCAUUCAAGGUGUUCAGGGAGACGAAGGUGAAAUCGGUUAUCCUGGACGCGUGGAGAACCUGGGAGAUCGCUACCUCUACCGCGGCUUCCCCGGCGAGCAGGGCAUCGUGGGCGAACGCGGCGAGAAGGGCGAAAUGGGCCAGAUUGGCUUCAUUGGACUACCUGGCUCCAAGGGCGAACAGGGAGACAUUGGCUAUGCCGGACAAGCCGGUUACGAUGGCAUCCCCGGCGCCAAGGGCUUGCAGGGCGACAUUGGACCGCGAGGUCUUCCCGGCUUCACGGGAGCAGCAGAGCGUGGAGCAGAAGGUGACGCCGGCUACGAUGGACGCCAGGGUCGACCAGGACGCAGGGGCCAAAAGGGAGCUCCCGGUGAGCAGGGAGAGUACGGAGCCAAUGGCAUAAUUGGACAUCGCGGACCCGAGAUUCAGGGCCGACCUGGAGAUCAAGGAGAUGUGGGCUACCCAGGAGCCCCAGGACGCAACGGAUUGCACGGCCUGGCAGGAGCAAAGGGAGAGCAGGGCGACCAGGGUCGUCAGGGAGAGCAGGGAGAGGUUGGCUUCGCUAUCUGGGGCAUGCAGGGCGACAUCGGCGAUCUUGGCCUCCAAGGUGCUCCCGGCAGGGAUGGCGCCAAGGGUGAGCAGGGCUAUCCCGGUCGUCCUGGCCAGUAUGGCCGAGUGGGCCCCCCUGGACCAAGAGGACCCACUGGCGACGCCGGCUGGAGCGGCAUCGACGGCAUGGACGGACUUUACGGCGAAAAGGGUCAGCCGGGAGAGUCAUACUCCUACUCUAUGGCCCGACCAGGAGAUCGCGGUGAACCCGGCCUCGAUGGCUUCAAGGGUCAGGAGGGCGAUGCCGGACUACCAGGACUCGAUGGACUCAUGGGUAUUCGUGGUGCCACCGGCUAUCGCGGUGACCAAGGUGAGGUUGGCUAUUCCGGUGCGGACGGUCCUCAAGGACCACGCGGUGACAUCGGUCCCAUCGGUCUGACGGGUAUUCCCGGCCUUCGUGGUCUGCCCGGUCCCACCGGUGACCCGGCGCCUCCGCCACCGGCACCCAAGAGCCGCGGCUUCAUCUUCGUCCGCCACUCGCAGUCCGUGCAAGUACCCACCUGCCCUGCCAACACGAAUAUGCUGUGGGAGGGCUACUCCCUGUCUGGCAACAUAGCCUCUGCCCGAACGGCUGGCCAGGAUCUGGGACAGUCCGGCUCCUGCCUGAUGCGAUUCACCACCAUGCCGUACAUGAUGUGCGACCUGAACAAUGUCUGCAACUAUGCCCAAAACAAUGACGACAGUCUGUGGCUAUCCACCGACGAGCCCAUGCCUAUGACCAUGACGCCCAUCCAGUCCAGGGAUCUCAUGAAGUACAUCUCGCGUUGCGUGGUGUGCGAGACCUCGACUAGAGUCAUUGCCCUCCACUCUCAAUCCAUGUCCAUUCCGAACUGUCCCGGCGGCUGGGAGGAGAUGUGGACCGGCUUCAGUUACUACAUGACCACUUUGGAUAAUACAGGAGGCGUGGGACAGAACCUCGUCUCGCCUGGCUCCUGUCUGGAGCAGUUCCGUGGCCAGCCGGUGAUCGAGUGCCAUGGCCAUGGACGCUGCAACUACUACGAUGCCUUGGCUUCAUUCUGGCUAACCGUUAUUGAGGAGCAGGAGAUGUGGUCCCAGCCGCGCCAGCAGACUCUCAAGACCGACCCGACCAGCAAGAUCAGCAGAUGCACAGUUUGCCGUCGACGUGGUGAUGCCUUUGUGGCCCGCACUCUGUCCACCGCUUCCUCGUCUUGGUCCUCGGGUUCGAGUUCCGGCUCGGACUCUAGGAAUCCCACGGGCGGCGCUUCGAGGUGGUCUUCGGGCUCGGGUUCAGGAUCUGAUUCAGGCUCUGGCAGGUCAUCUUGGUCAUCGGGUUCCAGUGCAGGACAACCGGGAUCCAGCUCUAGCUGGAGCUCAGGCUCUAGCCAAGGACAACCAGGAGCUGGCUCAAGCUGGAACUCAGGCUCGAGACAAGGGCAACCAGGAGCCGGCUCUAGCUGGUCCUCAGGAUCCAAUGCAGGACAACCCCGUGAUGGCUCUAGCUGGUCUUCGGGAUCCAGUGGAAUUCCCAGAACUAACGCAGGCUGGAAUACGGGCAACUCUAGGAGUAACCCCGGUUGGCAAUCUAAUGCUGGCGGCUCCAAUCCCGCCAGCUGGUCAUCGAGCUCCAGCUGGGGCAGCGAUCCGCGCAAUACCGCCGCCGGUGGAUACCAACGGACCAACGAAGCUCCCCGACAGCCGUACUCGCCGGCUCCAUCCAACUACUUGAACGGAAGGUACCAACAGCGCCGCCCGGGCAACGUGCCCCAGAGCUACAGCGAGUACUCACGCGACCCGCGCCAAUACCGUCGGCGCACGCGCGAGGACACCACCGCACCCUAGACUCCCCACUAAGUAGCAGUUAAAUCUUUGUCUUAAGUAUAUUGCUAUCCUAUCGCGAUAACGAUAACGAUCCAAAAACAAAAACCAAACACUGAACAGUGCCAUUUUCUGUGUAGAAGUAAUCUAAUUACGUGGACACCAAGCACCACACACUCACCAAUAACACACCCAAACCAAGUGUCAAACGAAAAAAGGAUUCAAAUAAUAAUGGGGGCGAAUGGAGUAUACGUAUCCACACUGCCUGCUCUACAAAGCAAGUCUUCAGCUCCUAUUGUUGGGAUUAAAUUGUAAAUGUAACACAAAACCAAAAACCAAACCCAGUUUUUUGAUAAAUAAAAUUUACACAACAUAAAACCAA